CAUCAUCCCUCCCUGCUGGAGGACCACUGCGUGUCCUUUUCUCAUUCGUCUCUCUUUCUCUCGCACACACUAGACGCGGACCUAUCUCCACACUACCGACCAACCAGCAUGGACGCACGGGUCGCUGCCUCUCUGCUCGCCGGACUUGUGGUCCUCCUUCACGGAUUGACGGCAUGGGCGCUGGUGGAGGUGAACAUGGAGGACAGGGUGGAGGUCUACAGAGGAGACACAGCUCAGAUCGUCUGCAUGUUCAGCUCGGACGACGGCAUCGGGGGCGUCUCCAUCCAGUGGUUCUAUGUGUCGAGGCUAGGUGAGAAGCAGAAGAUCUAUUAUGAGGACGCCACCACGAAGGCAGUGGAGCGAGGCACGCCGUUCACGGACCGCAUCACCGUCAACGUCACCGCAGCCACAGGCGAAGUGGUGUUGACCAUCGCGGACGUGCAAGUGAGAGACCAGCUGGAGUUCAUCUGCCUCAUCAAGAGCCUGACUGACGGGGUCGGCGAGGGACGUACCAAGCUCUUAGUGUUUGAAAAACCAGACUCCCCGACUAUAGAAGGCUUCCAGGAGGGGAUCUCCAUUUACGAUGACUUAUCCAAGAUUGGCAUAUGCGAGGUAAAAAAUGGCUUCCCCAAGCCAAACAUCACGUGGUACCGAAACAACGCUCCACUAAGAGGAGCCGAUGACGUGAUGAAGGUGGUGCCCAGCAUCACCACUGAGUCCAGCGGUCUGUUCUCGGUGAGGAGCGAGCUGAGCAUGAAGGUGACCAAGGAGGACAAAAAUGCUCACUUCUACUGCGAGGUCACCUACCUUGUCCCAGGAGGGACCAGAAUGACCGAGACCAACACCAUUAACAUCACCGUCUACUACCCGUCCACUGCAGUCCAAGUGUGGGUGCAGUCACCAAAGGGCAAAAUUAAGGAGGGGGACUCCAUUGAGUUGCGUUGCCAAGGCGACGGGAAUAUGCCUUCUUCAAUAUUCACCAUCAAGCACCAAGGAGAGGAAUACCCGCUGGAAUCUAACACGUAUGUGAUAGCAAACGUGACGCGUCUCAACAGUGGCGACUACGAGUGCGUCUCUUUGGACACAGACACGUACGAGGAGCUCUCGGGGACGACCAGCAUCUUUGUUGACUACCUGGACCCUGCCGUGGUGGCGCCCGCGGGCCCCGUGGAGAUAGAUCAUGGGGAGGAGCUGACGGCCACCUGCAAUGCCUUGUCUUCCCUGCUGACAAACACGGCCUGGUUCAAGGACGGCCAACACGUGUCAAUGGGCCACCACCUGAUAGUGAAGGACGUCACCUUUGAUACAGCAGGGACGUAUCAAUGCGUGGUAACUGUUCCGGAAAUCGAUGGCUUGGAAACUAUGGGGACGCUCGGCGUUAACGUGAACGGCCCACCGGAGAUCGUACCACCAAAAAGUACUGAUAUCGAGGAGAGUUUUGACAGUACGGUGGACCUGACCUGCCAUGUCAGAGGUUUCCCUGCUCCCACCAUUGUUUGGACCACCCUUGAUGGAAAGGUCUUGGAGACCACGUCCGAAGUAGAGCUGGAGGACGGCAUCAUCAGCGUGGCGAGCGUGGCGGUGACAUCCGACCUCACGGCCUUCUGCAACGCCUCCAACCAGUAUGGCGCUGACGCUGUCGCCUUCAAAAUCAAAGCUAUCGUACACACCACAGCAGCAGCCACCACCGUACGCACAAGCACUAUUUCCUCUAGCACAGUCCAAACGGCAACAGCUAUCCCACCUAAGAGAAUCAGGAAAGAGGGCAGCGGUGUCAUCAUUGCAGUCGUCAUCAUCUGCAUCCUGCUGCUGGCCAUCUUGGGCAGCGGCCUCUACUUCCUCUACAAAAAAGGAAAGAUCUGCGGGCGCUCCGGCAAGCAAGACCUCACCAAAGACAAAUCGGGCAAAGACAACAUUGUUGUUGAAAUGAAGAGCGACAACACAGAGGACGCCAUCCUCCUCGGGGUCAACGGCGACAAGCAGCCUCCCAACCACCAGUAAGAAAUGGUGACAUGGAGCCAACCGCAAGUCGGAGUCCGCGCCCAAAAAGCUCCUCCAAGCCAAAGAAAAAGCCCCAGAAUUGGACUUUGUUUCAAGAAAAGUUGGACGCUGUAUGUUGCUGAACAUGAAUAUUUUUUUAAAAAUAGCCCAACAGUCACUGUAGAGCAAGGUGAACAAGCUCUUCUCCUAGUGUACAUACCAACAACACCCCCGUGUAUAUAUUUCUCUAUUUAAAGUGUGUCCACACUUGAUUUGUGAAGAGCAAAGACAAUUCAACGUAGUUUUUACUUAAAGUCUGUACACUGAAAUCCAUGUUAUAUUUCAUUAUUUCUAGCCUUAAAGCCAAAUUUAUGGCUUGUUUAAUGCAACCACCGGCUAGUACGAACCCCGUUUCCAUAUGAGUUGGGAAAUUGUGUUAGAUGUAAAUAUAAACGGAAUACAAUGAUUUGGAAAUCAUUUUCAACCCAUAGUCAGUUGAAUAUGCAACAAAAACAACAUAUUUGAUGUUAAAACUGCUAAACUUUUUUUUUUGUGCAAAUAAUUAUUAACUUUAGCAUUUGAUGCCAGCAACACAUGACAAAAAAGUUGAGAAAGGUGGCAAUAAAUACUGAUAAAGUUGAGGAAUGCUCAUCAAACACUUAUUGGGAACAUCCCACUGGUGUGCAGGCUAAUUGGGAACAGGUGGGUGCCAUGAUUGGGUAUAAAAGCAGCUUCCAUGAAAUGCUAAGUAAUUCACAAACAAGGAUGGGGCGAGGGGUCACCACUUUGUAAGCAAAUUGUCAAAAAGUUUUACAACAACAUUUCUCAACGAGCUAUUGCAAGGAAUUUAGGGAUUUUACCAGCUACGGUCCGUAAAAUUAUCAAAAGGUUCAGAGAAUCUGGAGAAAUCACUGCACGUAAGCGAUGAUACAACGGACCUUUGAUCCCUCAGGCGGUACUGCAUCAAAAACCGACAUCAGUGUAUAAAGGAUAUCACCACAUGGGCUCAGGAACACUUCAUAAAACCACUGUCAGUAACUACAGUUGGUCGCUACAUCUGUAAAUGUAAGUUAAAACUCUACUAUGCAAAGCGAAUGCCAUUUAUCAACAAUGCCGCUGGGCCCGAGCUCAUCUAAGAUGGACUGAUGCAAAGUGGAAAAGUGUUCUGUGGUCUGACGAGUCCACAUUUCAAAUUUGGAAACUGUAGACGUGGUGUCCUCCGGACCAAAGAGGAAAAUAACCAUCCGGAUUGUUAUAGGCGCAAAGUUCAAAAGCCAGCAUCUGUGAGGGUAUGGGGCUGUAUUAGUGCCCAAAGCAUGGGUAACUUACCCAUCUAUGAAUGCACCAUUAAUGCCGAAUGGUUCUAGCAGGUUUUGGAGCAACAUAUGUUGUCAUCCAAGCAACGUUAUCAUAGACGCCCCUGCUUAUUUCAGCAAGACAAUGCCAAGCCACAUGUUACAACAGCGUGGCUUCGUAGUAAAAGAGUGCGGGUACUUUCCUGGCCCGCCUGCAGUCCAGACAUGUCUCCCAUCGAAAAUGUGUGGCACAUUAUGAAGCGUAAAAUACGACAACAAGACUGUUGAACAACUUAAGCUGUACAUCAAGCAAGAAUGGUAAACAAUUCCACUUUCAAAGCUUCAACAAUUAGUUUCCUCAGUUCUCAAACGUUAAUUUGAGUGUUGUUAAAAGAAAAGGUGAUGUAACACAGUGGUGAACAUGCCCUUUCCCAACUACUUUGGCACUUGUUGCAGCCAUGAAAUUCCAAGUUAAUUAUUUGCAACAACAACAAAAAAGUUCAUGAGUUUGAAUAUAAAAUAUUUUGUCUUUGUAGUGCAUUCGACUGAAUAUGAGUUGAAAAGGAUUUGCAAAUCAUUGUAUUCCGUUUAUAUUUACAUCUAACACAAUUUCCCAACUCAUAUGGAAACGGGGUUUGUAUUAGCGCACUCGGCUAACAUUAGCGCGCUAGCUAGGCUAACACUAGCUCACUUGCAUUUUCACCCCCUUAAAGGAUAUAUUUUAGGCGAACAAAACGAUGACAUUGUUGCUCUUUAGUUGAAUCAUGCAUGUGUGCGUUGGAGCGGUGCCAAUAUUAUACCCACCUCAGAGGCUAUGGAGUAAAUAUGAGAACGUUUUCUUGACCCAUGUUAGCCGUGUGGUGUGUUCACUGUCUGCACUGAAUCGUCCAUUGUGAAACUUUGUUGUGUGCCGUGUCUGCAGUAAGCGAGGCUUGUGUUGAAAAGAUACCGUAAGUUUUACUAGGUUUAUAUUUAUCAUGAAUAUAUUUUUGGCAAGUCAAAGUGAUGCUGCAUUAUCCCACGAGCCCUUACAGCAUGUUGACGAACAAACACUGUGUCUCGGUCGGGUUCAGAGCCAUAUUGGAAGGAAUUAAGAGUCAAAUAUUGUGAGAAUAAAGUUGUAUUGUUACUAAAUCAAGUUGAAAUAUUGUGGGGGGAAACAAGAGGUAUUUUGAAGGGGGGGAAAAAAGCAUUAUCUUGCAGAAACUGUCAUAGUUUUAACCAGGAGAUUCAAAAUUCCCACAGGCUCCUGAAUGCGACAGACUGACACCUGCAGUCCACAUAUAUGCUCAUCAGGUCAUAUAUCUUGUAAUUAUAACUUUUAUGUGCAGACUUAUUGUAAAAUGUGUACAAAAGUUUAAAUUGACAUUCUCAACUUUAAUAAUGUUUAAAGCUAAAUAUUUUUUCCUUUUGAAAGUUUGAUUUAGUUUUUCUUAAAGGCCUACUGAAAUGAGAUUUUCUUAUUUAAACGGGGAUAGCAGGUCCAUUCUAUGUGUCAUACUUGAUCAUUUCGCGAUAUUGCCAUAUUUUUGCUGAAAGGAUUUAGUAGAGAACACCGACGAUAAAGUUUGCAACUUUUGGUCGCUAAUAAAAAGGCCUUGCUUGUACCGGAAGUAGCAAACGUUGUGCACGUGACAUCACGGGUUGUGGAGCUCCUCACAUCCUCAUUGUUUACAAUCAUGGCCACCAGCAGCUGGAGCGAUUCGGACCGAGAAAGCAACAAUUUCCCCCUUAAUUUGAGCGAGGAUGAAAAAUUUGUGGAUGAGGAUAGUGAGAGUGAAAGGCUAGAAGAGAGGAAAAAAAAAGAUGAGGGCAGUGAGAGCAAUUUAGAUGUUAUUAGACACAUUUACUAGGAUAAUUCUGGAAAAUCCCUUAUCUGCUUAUUGUGUUACUAGUGUUUUAGUGAGAUUACAUAGUCAUACCUGAAAGUCGGAGGGGUGUGGUGACCGCCAGUGUCUCUGAGGGAAGCCACGGAGGAGCCAAGAAAGUCGCAGCUUCCUCUUUGACAGCUGCAGGAGGAACGUCACAAGCUCGUAGGAGCCGACUUAUUACCACAAUUUUCUCACCGAAACCUGCUGGUUGACAUGUGGUAGAGAAACAGGUUCGCUUGACCGCUCUGUUCCAUAUUAAAGCUUCACAACAAACAAAGAAACACCGGCUGUGUUUGUGUUGCUACAGCCGGAUGCAAUACACCGCUUUCCACCAACAUCGUCUUUCUUUGUAGUCUCCAUUAUUAAUUGAAAAAAUUGCAAAAGAUUCAGCAACACAGAAUCCAGAAUACUGUGUAAUUAUGCGAUAAGGAGCCAAGAAAGUCACAGCUUCCUUUUUGACAGCUCAAGUCUCCGUUAAGAGCCGACUUAAUAUCACAAUUUUCUCAUCCAAAAACUUGCUGGUUGACAUGUGGUAGUGAAACAUGUUCGCUUGACCGCUCUGUUCCAUAUAAAAGCUUCACAACAAACAAAGAAACACCGGCUGUGUUUGUUUUGCUAACGGCAGCUGCAAUACACCGCUUUCCACCAACAGUAUUCUUCUUUGAUGUCUCUAUUAUUAAUUGAACAAAUUGCAAAAGAUUCAGCAACACAGAUGUCCAGAAUACUGUAUAAUUAUGCAAUAAAAACAGACUACUUUUAGCCGUGAUCGGUGCUGGGAGAACAUAUCCGCUACCACCGGUGACGUCACGCGCACACGUCAUCAUUCCGCGACGUUUUCAACAGGAUACUUCGCGGGAAAUUAAAAAUUGUAAUUUAGUAAACUAAAAAGGCCGUAUUGGCAUGUGUUGCAAUGUUAAUAUUUCAUCAUUGAUAUAUAAACUAUCAGACUGUGUGGUCGGUAGUAGUGGGUUUCAGUAGGCCUUUAAUUUAGGAUUUUUCCCGCCUCCUUUUAUGACAUAUUUCUAAAUAUAUACAUAUUUUCUAAGUAAAAAUUUUCUCUUAAAAAAUCUUAACCGUUUCUUAAACUUUUAUUUUCGUAACAUGACAACCUUUUCUUGUAAUAUUACAUUUCUGUCUUGCAAAGCUACCACUUUAUUAAAAAAUAUUCUGACCUUAUUUUUAUCAUCUCUCUUUAAUUAUUGUAAAUUAAAAUGUUACCCCUUAAAUUGUGACACUCCCCUCUCAAUUAAAAACAUUUUAUUCUUAUACAAUUACAAACUACUUUUGUAUAAAGGAAAUUAAUCACAUCACACACUGAAAAUAAAAAAUGUUCUCAUUACAUUUUGAUUAAAUUUGAUUUAAAUUAUGAUUAUUCUACUGUUGUUACGACUUCAUUUAAAAAAUCAUGUAUAAUUACAACUUUACUCUUGUGAAAUAAAAUAUUUUGGUAACAAACAUUUUCACAAUAUAAAUAUUUUACUGUAGUAAAAGAACAACCUUUUCCUUUAUUAUUAUUGCAAAACCACACUUUUUUUUUGUUGCAGAUCUCAAUUUUACGCAAAACUUUAUUCUGUGUAAACCUGACAUCUUCUGUUAUUUGACCUUGUUCUUGUACAUUUAGGAUUUACUGAUAUUUUUUUCUGACUAAUCUCUGAAAAUGACUAGUAUUGCUGUUGUUUUAGUGGGAAUUUGUUCCCGUAAAUGUACAACUUUUUGAUUUUAAGAUAUCUUUACAAAAACCCUAAUACUUUUAUACAUAUAUAUAUAUAUAUAUAUAUAUAUAUAUAUAUAUAUAUAUAUAUAUAUAUAUAUAUAUAUAUAUAUAUAUAUAUACUUGUUUGGAGGGAAAAACAUUGUUUUUCUCAUAAAAAGUAAAAAGUUGGGGGCUUUUUAAAGUUUGUUUUUCUAGUGGAAUGAUUAUUGUUUCUCAUCAAUGUGUCCGUUGAAGAAUACGUGACUAUGGACUACCGGAGAGAGGAAACAACUCCUCACUUGUGCACAUACAUAAAUACAAGGGCUAAAUAAUAAAACAUAAUGCAUACAUAGUAAAAAUUUAACACACAUUGACAUUUAGUUGGUUCCAUUUGAUGUGAUUUUGCUGCGGACUUUACAACCCUGUGGAUAUAUUUUGUGCCUAAAGGUGCAUUGUGAAAUUUCAAAGUAAUCAUCAAAUAUAUUUUUUAUAAAAUAACCUGUGCAGACACCUUGAUCAGUUGUAUUAUUUGUUUUGUGUGAAUUCUGUCACAAUUCUAUUUUUCUUCUAAACGUACUUAUGAUUUUGCCCUUCAUAUCCCUGAGGUGUCCAAUAUAAAGUGCUGCCUUUGUUGUUUUCCAUUUUACUGAAUAAAAAGGGAUUUUUGAAAA